GGGCGAUGGGAAGAGACGACAUGCUUUCUCUGGUGCUGCCCCUGCUGCUCGCCGCAGUCGCCCUGGCCGUGUGGCUGUGGGGGCAGCUGAGGCGCCCCCCGCGAUUCCCGCCAGGUCCAACAUGGCUUCCACUGGUGGGCAACUAUUGGGACAUCCGCCGUCUGAGCGAAAAGUUCGGAUCGCAGCACGAGGCAUUCGCGUACCUCGCCCAGAAGUAUAGGUCUCCCCUGGUGGGCCUUCGUCUGGGCGGCGACCUGACCGUCAUCGUCUCCACCAAGGACCUGAUACGCGAAGUGCUCACGCGACCCGAAUUUGAAGGACGGCCCCAGAACUUCUUUGCGUACCUGCGCAACUUGGGGCAGCGAAGAGGUAUUUCGAUGGUUGACGGCAAGCUGUGGCAGGAACAGCGCGCUUUCGCAAUGCGUCACCUGCGCUCGUUGGGCUUCAAUGGCGCAGCCAUGCAGGCUCAAGUGGAGGAGGAGGUUCGCGCCCUGCUGGAAGAACUGAGCGACAGCCGUGGGAGGCCGACACAGCUCAAGAACCAGCUGCCGCCGUCCGUGCUCAAUGUCAUUCUCCAAUUCUGCGCUGGAUACCGCUUCCCGCGCGGCGACCAGCGCCUGCAGACGCUGCUCAAUCUAAUAGACACUCGUUCGCGCGCCUUCGACAUGGCUGGAGGCAAACUCAGCGCCAUGCCGUGGCUGCGAUUCAUCCAGCCCGAGGCAACAGGAUACAACGCACUCAUCAAGUUCAACGAGAUGGCGCGCGCAUAUUUUAUGACAAUUAUCGAAGACCAUAAGGCAACAUAUACGCCAGGGAAAAAGAGAGAUCUCAUAGAUGCAUUUGUCUAUGAAAUGGCGAAAGCAGAAGAGCAGCAAAAUGAAAAUACAACUUUUUCUGAGAACCAGCUUCUCAUGCUGUUAUAUGACAUGUUUGUCGCUGGCUCAGAAACGACAAGCAACUCUCUUCGAUUUGCUUUUCUUAUGAUGUUACGGUAUCCUGAUGUCCAGGAACGAGUGUACAAAGAGAUAAAAGAAGCAGUUGGUAAUGAUAAACUUCCAACUCUUGAGGACAAAGACAGAUUGGUUUACACCAGAGCUGCUCUUAUGGAAUCACAGAGAAUGUGUUAUGUCAUACCAACGCGUGGAAUUCGACGGGUGCUAGAAGACACCACCCUACACGGCUGUAAACUUCCAAAGAAUACAGUUGUCCUGACAAACAUUUGGUCAUUGCAUAUGGAUAAAGACCACUGGGGCGAUCCUGAAGUGUAUCGACCAGAACGUUUCAUUACUGAAACUGGAAAGCUUAGAGAGGAUGAUGCAUUCUUACCAUUUGGUCUUGGUCGACGUCGGUGUUUGGGGGAGCAAUUGGCAAAGUUUUGUUUAUUCCAGAUGUUUGCUGGAGUCUUGCAAAAAUUCCGUCUUGUUCCUGCUAAUGGUACUGGACUGAAGCACUCUAAUGUUGAGGGCAUUAAUCUUGCACCAAAACCUUAUGACAUUAUUUUCAAACUUCGAUAACAUUGCAACAAUUGAAAAGUAUUAUUACUUUCAUUACUGCAACAACAACUAAU